CUUAUAAUCCUGCUCCCUGGCUUGCUUUUUCUUUCUCUUGUAGUUCAAUGAUCACAUGAUGAUGAGCGGAGGAUCUGCGGACGUCUUUGCCACAUGCUCCCCGUUCGGACCUACCAUCCAAAGCAUCGGCAGUGACAUGAUCCAGAGAUCCUCAUACAAUUCCUAUGAUUUCGAAGCCACACAUGCCGGCGAUGGAUCGACUAGCCAGUGGGCAUCCGCCAAACUGUCAGUGAAGAUGAGGAUCAUGAGAAAGGCGCCAACGAAUGAUCACCAAGGAGGGACAGCGAGAAAGCCAAGGAGAAGGGCACAAGCACACCAAGGUGAUGAGAGCCAGCAGCUGCAGCAUCCCAUGGGUGUUAUCAGAGUGUGCUCAGACUGCAACACCUCCAAUACCCCCUUGUGGAGGAGUGGUCCUUGUGGCCCCAAGUCUCUUUGCAACGCAUGCGGCAUACGCCAAAGGAAGGCUCGCCGCGCCAUGGCUGCAGCGGCGGCCACUGCCGCCACCAACGAUGGGGUGGCGUCUGCUUCCAGUGGCGGUGUGGCGGUGGGGGCCGUGCAGGCAAGCGACGCAUCACAAGCGGUGAAGGCAACAAAGAAGGAGAAGAGGGCU